AUGAAGGAAUUGUGAAUGUCCUCUCUACAGUGUCUGGAUGCUGAGGAAGAAGAGAGGAGACCGGAUAGUCCAGCGGAAGACUCCAGCAGUGCUGGUACCUCCUUCAAGGAUUCAGCACAGGGCACAGACGCAAACAGUGCCAACCUGUACAGCAAGGAUGAGCUGCUGCAGCUGUUCCGCACCAUCCAUCCAGAGUCAAGACGAUCCAAUGGCAAGACGGUCAUUGGCUUGGUGGGCUACCCCAAUGUGGGCAAGAGUUCAACCAUCAACGCACUCGUCCGCAGCAAGAAGGUCUCCGUGUCCACCACACCAGGCAAGACCAAGCAUUUCCAGACGUUGAACCUGGACGAUGAACUGUGCCUUUGCGACUGUCCCGGCCUGGUUUUCCCCAAUUUCGUGAGCAACAAGGCUGAGAUGGUUGUCCACGGAAUCUUGCCCAUUGACCAGAUGACGGACCACGUUCCUCCCGUCAACCUCGUGGCCAGCCUGAUCCCGAGGCACGUGUUGGAGUCCACCUACAGCAUUUGUUUGCCCACACCCCACGAGACUGAGGACCAAGACAGGGCACCCACUGCAGAGGAGCUGCUCAAUGCCUAUGGAUGCUCCAUCUCCAUGAUCAGGAAUGGAGACUGGCCCUCGGCCAAUCAGAAGAUGAGCCGUGUAAGCGGUGGCUUUCCAGCUGACUCGAUAUUGCCGUCAGUGGCAAUGGCCGACAAACUGCCUUCCAUGCUUGAUGGCACAUCCUCUUUUUUCACAUUGCUGUGA